AUGGGCUCCCAACUGCCUCAAAAGCGGAUCGCGAAAUUUUUCGACGAGCUCACCAAACGCCACAAACUCGACAAAUACAAACUCGACGACAAGGCCCUUGACCCAACCAAGAUCACAACAUGGGAACUGGUACGGCGUCCACCGGUGCCCACGGAGACGGUCAUCCAGGGCAAACCUCGUAAUCCGUUGUCAAAGGCCUACCGGGAGUUUCAGAGGCAGGAAGGUGCUAGGUUACGGAAGGCGCUGAAUCGGAUCACGCAUGGGAAGAAUAUCUUUGUGUAUAACAAUAUACGAACGAAUCAGGUUGUGUAUUCGUUGACGCGGUAUUUGGAGGAAAAAAGCGUUCUAUCGCAACUAGUCUACCACGGCAAAAAAACUGYCCCCGCCAGUCUCCGAAAAGACAUGUGGACACCCUACUACUCCGUACACUUUGACGACGCCAAAGUCGGCCUACGAGCAUACCACCUCCUUCGCGAAUUCUCACUCCAACGCCAACUCGCGCCCCCCAGGGAAAUGGUCACCAUGGACCAGAAAUGGCUCGAUCAAAAGCGGCCGCGCGAUAGGAUAGAAGCUGAGAAAUUUGACGAAGAGCAUGAAAAGAUGGUCGGAAGACUUUUGCCGAAGAAGGAACGGGCGCGAAUUUUGAUGGAUCAAAAGGCUACGAGUGUGGCGGAUAUUGCGGCUGUUCUGGCUAUUCAGGAGGAUGAGAUUAAGAAUGGGUUUGGCGCAGAGCAUCGCAAGGAGCUUGGUCGUAGGGCCUUGCAGCGUAUCCGCAUGACCCGAAAGGCGGAGCGAACGACUGCGUUUGAAGCGGCGCAGCGAGUCGAAGGGUUUGAGGGUCAGGUUCAAGCUCAGGCUUCGCUCGAGAUCGAGGACGAGUUUGACGAGCCGCCUAGCAAUACUGAAUAUGCCGUGAAGCCGGAGCAGGUCAAGAUUUUGUGGAAUGAUAUUCAUGACGCGCAUUAUGCGAGCUCGUGGCCUGAUCGGGUUCAUCAUGGUCAUUUGGAGCGAGCCGCGGACCAUGUCAUGCCUGGUCAGAAACGGAUCUUGAGUGAGGAGGAUGACAUCCUUGCUGAUGACGAUUUUACUGAAGCCGCCGAAUCUCCUUCGGUGUUGAAGCAGUAA